AUGCUGUCGGUCGGCCAUACGGGUUGUACGUGUAUUAUUGUAUACACAACAGAGUUAAAAGGGUUUGCGGUUACAAUAACAAUGUACAAGAUAUGCCCUAUCGCCGCGGGUACAUCGCUUAUUGGGUAUUUAAAAAGUAGAGAAAAAAAAACCGUCUGGUCGUGACGGGUCGGGCCGAUUCUUCGUCGGCGUGUCUGCGCAGUGUAUUUCACUCCACUGUAUUUUACCGCUCUCCGCCACGUGCGUUUGACCGGCCACGCGAAUUAUCUCGGAUUCUUCCCUCCUCCUCCUCCUCCUCCCUCCGUCCCUAUUAGCUUCGCGCCGAAUAUUUACCCGGACAUAUUAAUAAUAAUGCGCUCGCCGAUAUUAUAUAAUCGAAACCGGGGAACGCGUCCAAAACGGUUCGGCCGUUUUUUCAUUUUAAUCAAUUUUCACGUUUCGAUAAUAUUCUGAUCGGAAUUGAAUUGCUGCGCAGAUUAUUCGAUACCACACUUUUGAUCGAAAUAUUUAAAUUCCCUCUGGAAUUAAUCUUUGAAAUUUGUCAAAUGUCCCGCGUUGGACAAAUUACUAAAAUGGCUCUACUAUGAAAUGUGUUGUGUGUCGUCGCCUAUAGCCGGCCUAACCCUAACCAAUACGAAAAUCACGCAUUUUAACGGCGCGAUCCCAGUAUAGUAUGAUGAUUAAUAAUAACGUUUUCCGUUUCGUGUCAACAGGUCAAGAUAUGGUUCCAGAACCGGCGGACAAAGUGGAAAAAACACGACACCGUGACGACAACGGACCCCGCGGACCCGGUGACGGUGGCCGCGGCCGCUGCGGCCGCCGCCGCGUCCGGCGGUGGUUCCAAGUGUUCGCCGAAAGCGGCGCCCGGGGCCAAGUUUCUCAGCGAGGGCGACGACCAAUCGUCGCUGGAGGACUCGGAGAGCUGUUACAGCAGCGUGGACGCGGCCGAGUCGAAGGUGGUCACGGCCCGGACGCCGGAAUCGUUGCCGCCCACAUCGCCGCCGACGGACACCGACACCGCGGCGACGGCCGCCGCAGUCGCAGCCGCAGCCGCCGCCGCCGCUGCCGCAGCCGCCGCGACCACGACCACGACGGCCACGAUGGCCACGAUGGCCAGAGCGCCCAGUUAA